AUGGGAAUGAAUCGGCACGGAAAGGAAAAUACAGGAAUGGAGGGUAGUGGAAUCAUUUAUUCAAAUAAUGAUAGCAGAGAGAUAUGGGAAUACUUUUUAAUGGCUAUGGAUAUGUAUGGAUUUGCUACUGGCUGGCUGGAUCUGAGGAGGCUCAAUAUCAGGAUGGGAGAAGUGGACAGUGAGCGUGCGAGUUUGUUUGCAUUAACGGAGCGUGGCAUUUUUUUGGGAGACGGUAAUUAUGAUGAUGAUGAUAAGAUAGAUGGGUGGGUGGGUGGAUAA